CAAAAUUGCCAAGCAACGUUGGAGCAGCUCAGCGCCCCAAACGAGCAGGUCGUUGCCUGAGGAUUUAAUGGAGAAAUCCCAAAGUGAGCCUGGGUGCGUGGUGGAGGAGGGGCGCGCUGCGGCUGGGAAGGAAGCCCGAGGAGCUUGAGGAGCUCACGGUCCAGCCUGCCAGGCAGCCCCGGGCCAGCUGGCGCUCCCCGGCCAAGGCCACGCUCCCUUUGACAGCCCUGCUGUCGACAGCAGAUGGGGGAGGGCACUGGCCUGAUGUGCCAGGAGCUGGGAGCAGCCAUCCAGGUGACUAAGCCGGCCCCCUGGCACUGACUCACCUGCUGGCCCUGAGAUUUCUUCCUUCCCUUUCGCAUCUGAUUAUUUUGGGAGCUGGAAACUCCGAGCUGCACCUGGGUCCCACCCCUUCUAGUUCUCCCCUCUCUACCUUGGGCUCCGAGGAAGAUGGGACCUAUCAGGAAUCGGCUGCCACCCCCUAAGGAUAUGGAGGAUGCUGUGGGGGCCCGAGGUUCCAGGAGAGAGAUGCUGGCCGGCCAAGUGCAAUAGCAGAUAUGGUGAUCGGGCUGCCGUGUCCUCUGGACGUGUCAGGAGAGAAGGGGAGAGCGAUCUGUGCUAACUGGAGUCCUCCCGGGCUGGCUUUGAACUCCCCUCCCGCAGGAUACUGCUGCACAUGAGUGGCUUCUAGGGUCAGAGUGGCAUUCGGAGAGCAAGGCUGGAUUGGCUUAGGCUGGCCUGGGCAGGGAGUGCCUCUUCCUGGGCUAGAGACAAGCACCGGCCUGCAGUGAGGAGCUCAAGGCCCUACGGCCCCCUGAGGAGUGGCCGCGGCCUCGGAGGACUGGCCGGGGAAGGUCCUCAGUCUUCCCCCUCCUCGGUGCCUGAGAGCGCUGCCCACGAAAGGGUGAGGAGUCCGGAGGAAGAGGAGGCGAGGAAGGCGGCCAGGAGGCACCAUGUUCCGAAAGAAAAAGAAGAAACGCCCUGAGAUCUCGGCCCCACAGAACUUCCAGCACCGUGUCCACACCUCCUUUGACCCCAAAGAAGGCAAGUUUGUGGGCCUCCCGCCACAAUGGCAGAACAUCCUGGACACACUGCGGCGACCCAAGCCUGUGGUGGACCCUUCUCGCAUUACGAGGGUGCAGCUCCAGCCCAUGAAGACCGUGGUGCGGGGCAGCUCGGUGCCCAUGGAUGGCUACAUCUCAGGGCUGCUCAACGAUAUCCAGAAGUUGUCGGUCAUCAGCUCCAACACCCUGCGUGGCCGCAGCCCCACCAGCCGGCGGCGGGCACAGUCCCUGGGGCUGCUGGGGGACGAGCACUGGGCCACGGACCCAGACAUGUACCUGCAGAGCCCCCAGUCUGAGCGCACUGACCCCCAUGGCCUCUACCUCAGCUGCAAUGGGGGCACACCAGCAGGCCGCAGGCCGAUGCCGUGGCCAGAGCCACAGAGCCCAAGGGUCCUCCCCAAUGGGCUGGCCACCAAGGCACAGUCGCUAGGCCCCACGGAGUUCCAGGGCGCCACGCAGCGCUGCCUGCAGCUGGGCACCUGCCUGCAGAGCUCCCCACCCGGCUCCUCGCCCCCCGCAGCCUCCAGGAGGCGCGGGACCAAGGCUGCCAGGCACGGUUCCGAGGAGGCCCGGCCACAGUCCUGCCUGGUGGGCUCGGCGACAGGCAGGCCGGGCGGGGAGGGCAGCCCCAGCCCUAAGACCCAGGAGAACAGCCUCAAGCGCAGGCUGUUCCGAAGCAUGUUCCUGUCUACUCCUGCCACAGCCCCUGCAAGUGGCAGCAAGCCGGGCCCUCCCUCCCAGAGCAAGCCUAACUCCUCUUUCCGACCACUGCAGAAAGACCCCCCACCAAGCCUGGUGUCCAAGGCCCAGUCCUUGCCCUCGGACCAGCCCAUGGGGACCUUCAGCCCUCUGACCACCUCAGAUACCAGCAGCCCCCAGAGGUCCCUCCGCACAGCGCCCGCUGCCGGCCCACCCCCAGGCCGGUCCUCCCCCGCAGGCUCCCCACGCACCAGGCAAGCCCAGAUCAGCACCAGCAACCUGUACCUGCCCCAGGACCCCGCGGUGGCCAAGGGCGCCCUGGCUGGCGAGGACACAGGUGUUGUGACACAUGAGCAAUUCAAGGCUGCACUCAGGAUGGUGGUGGACCAGGGUGACCCCCGGAUGCUGCUGGACAGCUACGUAAAGAUCGGCGAGGGCUCCACGGGCAUCGUCUGUCUGGCCCGGGAGAAGCACUCAGGCCGCCAGGUGGCCGUCAAGAUGAUGGACCUCAGGAAGCAGCAGCGCAGGGAGCUGCUCUUUAAUGAGGUGGUGAUCAUGCGAGACUACCAGCACCUCAACGUGGUGGAGAUGUACAAGAGCUACCUGGUGGGCGAGGAGCUGUGGGUGCUUAUGGAGUUCCUACAGGGCGGGGCCCUCACGGACAUCGUCUCCCAAGUCAGGCUGAACGAGGAGCAGAUCGCCACUGUGUGCGAGGCCGUGCUGCAGGCCCUGGCUUACCUGCAUGCCCAGGGUGUCAUCCACCGGGACAUCAAGAGUGACUCCAUCCUCCUGACCCUCGAUGGCAGGGUGAAACUCUCGGACUUCGGAUUCUGUGCUCAGAUCAGCAAAGAUGUCCCUAAGAGGAAGUCCCUGGUAGGAACCCCCUACUGGAUGGCUCCCGAAGUGAUCUCUAGGUCUCUGUAUGCGACUGAGGUGGAUAUCUGGUCCCUGGGCAUCAUGGUGAUUGAGAUGGUGGACGGGGAGCCACCCUACUUCAGUGACUCCCCAGUGCAGGCCAUGAAGAGGCUCCGGGACAGCCCCCCACCCAGGCUGAAAAACUCUCACAAGGUCUCCCCAGUGCUUCGAGAUUUCCUGGAACGGAUGCUGGUGCGGGACCCGCAGGAGAGAGCCACGGCUCAAGAGCUCCUGGACCACCCUUUCCUGCUGCAGACGGGGCUGCCCGAGUGCCUGGUGCCCCUGAUCCAGCUCUACCGCAAGCAGACCUCCACCUGCUGAGCCCACCCCCAGAGCGCACCUACCACCUCUGCCCGCAGGCAGGGGACACUGGGCAGCCAGCCUGCCGGCAGGGCCUGCCUGCCUCAUUCUCUCAGUAUUCUCUCCAAAGAUUGAAUGUGAAACCCCACCCACACCCUCCUGCCCUUCAGCCCACUGGGCCAGGCCGGACCUGCCCCUUGGUCUCUCUCCCUCCCAAGAGAGUCCCCAGUUGCCUUUGGGAUGAUGGAGACCCUUCUACAGGAUGACCCUUUGUUAUUUGCACAGGGAUAUUUCUAAGAAACAUGGAGACCAGCACUCCUGGCCACUGUGGCCAACCCAGCAGAAAAAGCUGCUGUUUUUUAAAGGUAGUUGUGCACUAGCAUCCCAGGCCACCCAAGAGGGCAGACUGCCUGUCUUCACCAGGAUACUUGCUGUUCUCAGCUCCAGCUCUAAACCCUGGGGUCUCAAGAGGGCCACAGGGAAGGUUUCUACUGCCUGAAGCUGUCUUCCUCCCUCGUGUCUGACUUCCCGAAGGUACAGUCCGACCUGCACCUGCUUCCCAACCCACCUUUGCUGACAUCACUCUCCCUGCACAGCCUGCCCUGAAGUGUGAACAGCCUGCUCGCAGGCCAGGGAAGGAGGAGGAGCGUUUUUUCUGGGAGAAAGAGAAAGAACGGAGUUAGUGGUAAACGUGGUCUUACUUUACAGGAUGGAGAGAACAUGUGUGUGUGUGUGUGUGUGUGUGUGUGUGUGUGUGUGUGUGUGUGUGUGUGUGUGUGUGUAAGUGGCAGACAGUCACCCUGACAGCCUGGCUCCCUUCAGGUCACCCACGGCCAGCAAUAAGGCUUCUCCAUCCUUUCUGCCACUAAGUUCUACUCUGAAGGGACCUGCUUUCUUGGCCUGGCUUCCCACCUCCCAAAUGUCUCUUGUUUCUACCUGACCAGCGAAGAGAUCUGCGUUGAGUCUAGUGCAUCCAAGGGGCUUGGCAGAUUUCUGAGUUUCACCUAUACUGUGGAGUCUCAGAGCCAGAGACAGGAAUGGUGAGGGAACAGACUUUGUUUUACCUGUGAGCUUCAUCUCAAUAACCAGGUCAUCAAGGACCCGUUCUUUCAAAAUCUUGGUCUGGGGCGGGGGAGUGAACCAUCUCCUGGGGUCCCAUCCUGUCAAGAAAAUGGGCACCCCCUUUGUGCAAACCUAUCGGCCCUAGCUGCCUCUUCAGACACCUGUCUCCUUGUCCCCCUUCCCUCCGCACCUUCAGGGAUGUUGUGAGUCAGGGAAUCCAGGGAAGAACUCCAGGUGUCAGGACCCUAUCUAGAUAAUAUUUUUAGAUUCCUCUGCUCCCUAGUGGCCUGCUUUGGGGCCAAAAAUAAAUUGCAAGGACUUUUUUAAGGGUCAGAGUUUUAAAAACAAAAGCAUCUUCCCUAGAAACUUUUGUGAAUUGUUUGCACUUGUGCCUGUUUUAAAUUAAACUAAG